GGUAUAGGGAGCUUAACUUUGUUAUCGCAACCAACUAAAGUGAAAAUACGACAAAAAAUCACAAAAUGUACGCGGCAAUAUUGGCUUAUUCUAUCAUUGGGCACUUGUCAUACUUUACGGCAAAAGGCGAGCAAGUCGUAUUCCUUGCCUCAAACGGCGCAACCCGAGGAAGUGCAAAGAGUUUAGGACGAUUUCGCCAACACGUAGAUACAUAUUUGGACGUUUCGGCAAAGUUAACUCUCUUGGCGGAAAGACAAGGUGGUUGUGUUCUGGCAUGCUUACGAAAUGCCUCCUGUUUUUCUUUGAACAUGGCAAAACGACCGGAUAGCAAUUCGAAGUAUGCAUGUGAGGUACUAGGAACCGACAUGUAUAACUCACCGAGCAAAAUACAGAACAACAACAAAUGGAUUCACUACAGUAUUGAUACCCAAUGCUUUACCAACCCUUGCUUGAAUGGAGGAACCUGCCAACCGAUUUACCAAGACAACAAUUACAUGUGCACGUGCAUCCUUGGAUACAUAGGAAGGCAUUGCGAUGUCUGCAUUCCUCCAUUGGGUAUGGACUACAGAAAUAAGAUAAUCGCCGACUCUCAAAUCACAGCAUCAACCUCUAGUUAUUACUGGUCUCCUUUUUACGGUCGUUUACACCAAGUUCACAUCGGCGGAGUAACAUAUGGUGCUUGGAGUCCACACACAUCUCAAGUCGGCGAAUACCUACAGGUUGAUUUGCUGAGAAUGAUGCAGAUCAACAAAGUGGCGACCCAGGGGCAACCUACUCAAAGUAUCGAUGGUACGCAAAAGGAGCCCAAUAUGAAUAACUGGGUUACGCGCUACGGACUGAGCUACAGCUCGGAUGGACUCACCUGGACUUCCUACCCGCACGAAUUCAAUGGCAAUUCUGACCGUGUCACCGUGGUGUCACACAUUCUUUCGGUCACCAUCCCGGCCAGGUUCAUCCGGGUUUUGCCGAAGAACUGGCAUGGCAUAAUCGCCCUAAGGGUUGAGCUGUUUGGGUGUGCUCUCCACCAAUAGUUUAUUUUAUUCAGUUUCCAGUAAUGCUAAUGCUUAAAAAAUACCAUUGCCCUUUCGUUCAGCAAGUUUGCACUUGACACUUCGAUGUGGCCAACAAAGUUUAAGAAAAGCAAGGCA